AUGACAGGGAUUCACAUAAACUUUCAGAAUUGUAGGGGACUGAACACGAAAACUGCGGAAUUCUAUAAAAAUUGCUUGGAAGGUAAUUAUGAUGUAGUAGUAGCUGUAGAAACAUGGCUUCGGGAGGAUAUGGUUGAUGGAAAACUAAUUGAUACAAAUGUAUUUAACUUAUUGAGAUCUGACAGAAACCAGGAGAUUUCUGGCAAAACUAAGGGAGAAGGAGUAUUAAUGGUAAUAAAAAAGGAGCAUAAGAUUUUAAAAGUAACAAAACAUUGUUCAUCUUUUGAAAUUUUGGUUGCGGAUUUACAAAUUAAUAACAAAUUAAGUAUAAAAUUAAUUGGAGUGUAUAUUCCACCAGAUUGUAAAUUACAUGACUAUGCGAAUUGCUUCGAAUUGUUACAAACACAUAUUACUGAUAUUAAUAACACGUUUAUUUUUGGCGACUUCAAUAUUGCAGAAAUUAAAGGAACCGAAAAUCUAGAUUUUACUAAUGGAAGUGCUAAGUUUAAAAGUAUGAUUGAGUUUUUAAAUUUUAAUUCAUUUUUGCUUUAUAACAAUGUAAAAAACUGGCAGGGCAAAACUUUAGAUCAAGUAGUAGCAUCUGCAGAUAAUAUAAAUAGUUGUAAGGUAUGUCAAGAACAGUUACCGUUAGUAAAGGAAGAUAGAUUACAUCCAUCUCUGGAAAUUCAACUUUCAUUUACAGUAUCAAGUUUUAGACAAACAGAUAAGUUAGUUGGUAAUAGAUUUAAUUUUAAAAAAGCGAAUUUUGAUUUGAUGUGUGAUUUGAUGAGAAAUAUGACGUGGGAAGCUGUAACAGAGGAAAUAGAAGUAGAUAAAGCUCUAGAUAUCUUUUACUCAAAAGUACUUAAUAUAUUUGAAGGAUCUGUACCACAAUAUAAUAUUUACAAGAAUUAUUCUAAUUUUCCGAAAUGGUUUACGCCUGAUAUCAAAAAGUUGCUCAAACAAAAAAAUAAUUUUAGAAAGUUAAGACAUGUUUCAAUUUAUUUUAAUAAUCAAUUUAUAGAGACCAGAAAAAAACUGAAAUCAUUAAUUAACAUAGAGCACAGGAAAUAUAUACGGCAAAUUGAGGAAAAUAUAGAAAAUGAGUUUAACAAUUUCUGGAAUUUCAUUAAUAAUAAGAAUUCUAAGUCUAAUCAAACAGAAAUAUUUUAUUUUGGGGGUAAAGAAAUAAAUCAGAGUGAUACUGCUAAUGAGUUUGCGAAAUAUUUUGAAUCUGUUUAUUCUACCGACAUUUCCAGCUAUAACACUAAUUUUACAAAUAUUAUUAGUAAUAACAAUGUUUUGAAUUUACCAUCAAUAACAAGCGUAGAUUAUGAUAAUGCAGUCAAAAAGCUGAAACCAAAGAAAGCUGCCGAAAAAUGGAAACUAUCUUCAAUUACUCCAAUAUUUAAGGCGGGUAACAAAAUAGAUAUUGAAAAUUAUAGAGGAGUCGCUAUUAUGUGUGCUCCAUCAAAAAUUUUCGAACAAAUAUUGCAUGCUCAUGUAUAUAAUCACGUCAAAAAUAGUAUUAAUGAUCAUCAACAUGGUUUUAUGUCGGGUCGCUCGAUAAACACAAGUUUUAUUUCAUUCACCGAGUCUGCAAACAAUGCGUUAGAAAAACAAUUGCAAUUGGAUGUAGUGUAUAUGGAUUUCGAAAAAGCCUUUGAUAAAGUAAAACACGAUGUUCUUUUAAGAAAGUUAUAUUUAAUAUCUUUACAAAUCUAUUUACACACUUCGAUAGCCCGGUGGACAUCUGUAAACAAAGAUCGAGUAGGCCUUGAUGUCCAAUCUCUGAUAAUAAAGGAACAGAACUAUAAAGAAGAUGACCAGGUCAUAUUAGCUGAGGAUGAGGAUGAUGUAAGGAUAUAUGAUUAG